AUGAGCGUCCACGGCCAAUGGACAAAAUGGAAAUCCAUGAACCUCUGCGGCGCCCACGCCAAAGACCGGCUAUGCCUGAUCGAAAUGCAAACAGGGUACAGCGGCAAGCCCCCGCUGGGGAUGCGAACUGGGUUUCUUCUACGCAGUGGGAUGAGCCCCAAGGACCCCCUGCUUGCUGCGGCGGGCGAUGAGGUACCGGGCCUUCAUGCUUUUAACCCGGAUGGUAUUGUCUUCCUGCGCGGCUCCCAACCGCCCGUUGAUGACCCCAAGGAUAUGGAUAUGGAAAUGAAAACCGAGCUUAUGAGCGCUGAUCCUGGCGUGGACAAUGAUGUCGCCUUCCGCUUCGCUAUUGAGGUGGGGGAGGAGCUGCGGCGGGAGGAGUUCGUAUGGAGGAGGGUCAAGCAGGGUAAGAGAAACGGCUACAGAUUAAUUCAGGUCUCAUCCCAAUUGAACGGCGGUUGUGACGAUUCUGAGCCCGUCGCCUUUCUUGAAUGGCGGACAGCCUGGUCGAGCCUGACGCAUGCGUUCACAUUACAGUUGGCGGAUUACCAGACGGUGUUCGGAGAACGCUGGACUGUUAUGGUUGUGGCCACAGCAAUCAGGCUCUAUACGUUGUAUAUCAAGGGGAGAACGAACAGAGCUGUCGUCGGUAUUGGGAAGGGCAGACGGUGA